AUGUCCCAACAAUCCGAAUGGAUAAGGCUUCUGGAGCCACAGUUGUCGCCGCGUGUCAGCUUAGAAUGGCUCGUUUACGAACAGCCCGUUAUCGCUUUGUUUUCAAAGUCAGGCAACUCGGAGUACUCCAACGUUGACCGUGAGCAUCUGGGCCAACCUUGCCGUCACGAAGGCGACUUGAGCCUCCUACUUUCCGUUGCCCACAACGAGGAAGACAACAAGCUCCUGGUUCUCCUGAGCCAGAGGAUUAUCGUAAGCCAAGGUGGCAAACCACGUAUUCUAUAUAUGUUUGUUCCCGUCGAGUCGCUGGGCAUCGAGACUGCCGAACCUGCGUCCUGGAAGUUGUCAGAUGGCAUCGUGCCACUCCGCACCGUCGACGAUGAUAACGAUGCAAGAGACGACCAGUCAUCUCGUCUUCUACGCACUUCAUUUUCUCUUGCGAAAGAAUCCUGGGUCGUAAUGCCCAACCAGCCACGUCUCGGCCGCGUGCCAGACGAUGCUAUGUCGACGUUGCGCAAGCUCAAGAGCUUGUCUGAGGCCACUCGCUUCGACCUCUUCGCCGCCCACGAUCCUCUGGUCUACCAAGGCCUUCUCAGAGCCAAGGCCAUCCUCGCAGAGCCAGCCGUGACUGGCUUCAACGUCAACCACUAUCGGUUCUAUCCGGGUGGGAGAAGUGCCGUCGUCGGUGCCUGGAGGUGCCAGGGUUGGUUGCCCCAGGAGGAAGGGGUACAGGUCAGCAGUGGCAGGGGGGUGAAGCGAAGCCACGAGGAGAUGGCAGGGGGUGGACCUUUACCACCGUCAUAUGACUCCGCAGCAUCAGGGGCUGCACCAGGGGUUCCAUCAGAAGUCGAGUCCACCGAUCCCUUCGACAUGGCCCUGAUCCUGUUCGAAGAGGAUGCUGCAUCCGGCCAGGAGUCUGGUCAGGGGUCUGUCUUGUCCGAGAUAUACCCUAGGGGUCGCUCAAUUUCUCCUCCGACAGUGGUCGAAACCCCUCUCCCACUGUCGCCGAAUUUCGUUUUCUCGCCUGUCCAGCCUCAGGAGGCACCGCCCAGCUACCAUCUGCCGGUGUGCCAGGCCAAAGGACCAACUGCGACUGGUCAUCGCAACGUGUUGGUGAAUUGGCUGGCAACUCUUCUGGCCAGAUACCCCCUAAUGCACUAUACGUGCACCACGGACCUGCUUGCUUUGGGUGUGGCGGCCCAAGCAGGCGAUGCAAGGGCCAUCAGGGGCUUGAGAGCGAAGCUUGUGGCGACCCUCCUCCGCCACCAGGUGGUGCCUAAGAACACCCCUGGAAGAGACGAGGUUGAAGACCUGGUGUCGUGGCUUCUUGUGCUGGACCCAGAUACCGGCGACACGAUGUUUCUGGAGCAGCUGGCCGAAGCGACAAAGGCCUGGGAAGGGCAGCAGGGCCUUGGUCCCACCCCGCAGUCGCCCUACCCGGUGCUCUUUUCGCCGGAGCCUGAGCGUCCUGUCGUGCGGGACCUGGUCGUUUGCAAAGCUAAGAUCAUUGUGGACGCAUGCAUGGCAUACGGUGGUGCCUGGGAGAAUCGUGGAGGGUUGUUGAGGGCGAUUAUGGAUUGGGAGCUGAAGUAUAGAUGA